CUUUCUUGCUUCUUCUGCUCUCUGUUUGUAGCUCUUUUGUUGCACACAAGAAUAAAGUUAUGAAAUUUGCUCUGGUUUUAUAGAAGUGAAAGAGAAAUGUGGAAGAGAGUGUUCAGAGAAGCUAUAGCGAGGCAACCAUGGAGCACCAUAACAAGUAAGAGAUGGUCAUCAACAUCACCAACAAGCAUAUCCGCCGCUGUGGACACACUGUUGCUUCGGUCUCUUAAAGAGCACUAUCUUCAAGUCUCCAAAAUGAACCCUCCUCCUAAAGUCAACCCUCCACCUGCCUUUUCAAUAAUAAAAGGUGCUUUGGAUGGGAAUGGUCCAGUUCUGAUUCGCACCUAUGGGAAUGAGGAAAUUAAACUCUCUAUAAUGCGGAUGGCUUAUAUUGCACCUGGUGAUGGGGAGUCUGAUGGAAAUGACGAGGACGUGAAUCAGUUCUUCCUUCAUGUGGAUGUUUCGAAGCCUGGACAAGAUAAAUCUCUGCAUUUUCUAUGUGGACUUUAUACAGAUGCGCUGGGAAUUCACUCUGUUUCUUUGAGGCCAAAGCUUGACGGUGCUGACUUUCUUGAGGAUACAACUACAUACAGUGGCCCACAUUUUGUGGAACUUGAUGAAAGGAUGAGGGAUGCAUUCCACCGUUUUAUUGAAGAACGAGGUGUGAAUGAGAAUCUUUUUGAUUUUCUUCAAGCAUGGCUGUAUGUGAAGGAGCACCGGGGUCUUAUGCGCUGGUUUAAAACAGUGGGCACAUACAUCAAUGAAAAUAGGCCAGCGAAGAAUCUUAAUAUUUUUAUAAAGGGGUCUCAUAAGAAGAUUCAUUUGCAAGCAAAAAAUAGGCAAAGAUGUGUAACAAGUUGUUGGUAUAUUUACUUGAGCUGCGUUGCUUAAACUCUUCAGCUUUUCAGUUCUGCUGCUGUCUUUAGAAAACCAGUAUCAAACUGUUUUGUCGUGGUGAUGACAUUUUCAUGUUCGAGCUGCUUUCUCUCUCUAUGAUGUGAUUCCUUACAUGGGCAAAGAUGUGGAUCAUUCUUCUCAGACACGUUUACUUUCAAGUGCUUUUGCAGCUUGGAUAA